CGCCCGCCGCAGGCCUGUGGGCUGCGAGGACGAGCUUUGCCUAGCUUGCAGGCAGCGCAGGGCAGACGGCGGCAGGAGAAGCAAGAUGAAUGCAGGCUCAGAUCCCGUGGUCAUCGUCUCGGCGGCGCGGACCAUCAUAGGUUCCUUCAGUGGUGCCUUAGCUGCUGUUCCUGUCCAGGACCUGGGCUCCACUGUCAUCAAAGAAGUCUUGAAGAGGGCCACUGUGGCUCCGGAAGAUGUGUCUGAGGUCAUCUUUGGACAUGUUUUGGCAGCAGGCUGUGGGCAGAAUCCUGUUAGACAAGCCAGUGUGGGUGCAGGAAUUCCCUACUCUGUUCCAGCAUGGAGCUGCCAGAUGAUCUGUGGGUCAGGCCUAAAAGCUGUGUGCCUUGCAGUCCAGUCAAUAGGGAUAGGAGACUCCAGCAUUGUGGUUGCAGGAGGCAUGGAAAAUAUGAGCAAGGCUCCUCACUUGGCUUACUUGAGAACAGGAGUAAAGAUAGGUGAGAUGCCACUGACUGACAGUAUACUCUGUGAUGGUCUUACAGAUGCAUUUCACAACUGUCAUAUGGGUAUUACAGCUGAAAAUGUAGCCAAAAAAUGGCAAGUGAGUAGAGAAGAUCAGGACAAGGUUGCAGUUCUGUCCCAGAACAGGACAGAGAAUGCACAGAAAGCUGGCCAUUUUGACAAAGAGAUUGUACCAGUUUUGGUGUCAACUAGAAAAGGUCUUAUUGAAGUUAAAACAGAUGAGUUUCCUCGCCAUGGGAGCAACAUAGAAGCCAUGUCCAAGCUAAAGCCUUACUUUCUUACUGAUGGAACGGGAACAGUCACCCCAGCCAAUGCUUCAGGAAUAAAUGAUGGUGCUGCAGCUGUCGUUCUUAUGAAGAAGUCAGAAGCUGAUAAACGUGGGCUUACACCUUUAGCACGGAUAGUUUCCUGGUCCCAAGUGGGUGUGGAGCCUUCCAUUAUGGGAAUAGGACCAAUUCCAGCCAUAAAGCAAGCUGUUACAAAAGCAGGUUGGUCACUGGAAGAUGUUGACGUAUUUGAAAUCAAUGAAGCCUUUGCAGCCGUCUCUGCUGCAAUAGUUAAAGAACUUGGAUUAAACCCAGAGAAGGUCAAUAUUGAAGGAGGGGCUAUAGCCUUGGGCCACCCUCUUGGAGCAUCUGGCUGUCGAAUUCUUGUGACCCUGUUACACACACUGGAGAGAACGGGCAGAAGUCGUGGUGUUGCAGCCCUGUGCAUUGGGGGUGGGAUGGGAAUAGCAAUGUGUGUUCAGAGAGAAUGAAUUGCUUAAACUUUGAACAACCUCAAUUUCUUUUUAAACUAAUAAAGUACUAGGUUGCAAUAUGUGAAAUCAGAGGACCAAAGUACAGAUGGAAACCAUUUCCUACAUCACAAAAACCCAAGUUUACAGCUUGUACUUUACUUUAAUGUGUAAUACUCAACUCAAGGUACAAGACAAUUGCAUUUAACAUUGUUAUAAAUAAAAGAGACAUCAGAUCAAUCA